AAGAAGUUUUUAUAUGCUUAUCGGUAAGUUUCCUGGAGAUUGCUGGUGAAUGAUCUCACUGACUAUAUAUAUACGAUCAUUGUUGUUUCUCUAAGCAUAUACCAGAAAGCUUGAAGAUGGUCAGCCAAAACAAGUUUAGCAGCGGCUUAGAAUCGGGGAAUUUUGUGCUGAACUCUGAUCCGGUAAACCGGGCAUGGUGUGCGGUUGAGCAACAAAGACAGAUUAAUCCAAAUGCAGAGCCCUUGUACAAUGAAAUAAUCCAACCAGAAAAUCAGAUCAUCAUAGCUUUUGGCACUCCGCCCAGCUCUCUUGAGGGACAAGAAGGCUUGGUUUCAUCAAAAUAUUUUCCUCACUUUGAGUUUUUGUGCAACAAAAGCAAUCCAGUCUUCUACAUCAAUGAAGCAGCAAUCACACUAUUUCAGUCGCAUUAUGAUGACCUCCUCCUUCUGAAAAAUAAGCUGGUAGAGAAUAGCAAGAGCAAAACCCCACCAUUGAUAAUCAUCACCGGACAAUAUGUGGGAGGCAUUGUGGCUACACUCUUCACCUUAUGGUUGCUAGAAGGCUUCAACGUGCUCAAAACCAAACGCCCUCUUUGCGUUACUUUCAGUUCUCCCUUUGUUGGUGAUGAACACCUUCGAAAAUGUGUGUUAGAAUUUUCGACUUGGAAAUCUUGUUUCUUGCAUGUAGUCUCUGACCAAGAUCAUACACCUAAACUCUUUAUGUCUCGAAAUACAUUUGGUGCUUAUAAGCCAUUUGGGACAUUCUUAUUAUGCUCGACCUCGGGUAGUGCUACCUCUGAGGACCCGGAUUUCAUUUCAGAACAAUUCGUGACAGCCAAUUCUCUUAGUGCUCAAACUCAAGAUCCUAAUUUGGGGUUCCCUUAUGGACAUAUUUUGGAGGAUCUCAAGCGCAAGGCAUUAUGUAAUGUUUACAAGUCCAUUGGAGGGGAAAGAGAUCCACUUGAAGCUAGCAUAAUCACACAACUCCUAGCUGUCGGAGUAGUCUCACAGCAACAGUCCCCUGAUACUAACAAUCUGGUUGGGAAGAUGAAAAAACAUGAAACAAAGUUGUUAAUUCAGAAGAUGAAGAACUCGGACAACGACAAGAGACUGAAUGACAUGAAAAUUUGCAUGGCCAACUUGGAGUGGUACAAGAAGGACUCGAAACGGCAAAAUAUUGGAUACUAUGACAGGUACAGAGAGAAGGGCAAUGAAUCUGACAUCAAUGUUAACGGGUAUAAGAAGAAGCUCAUGAAUUACUGGGAGGACUCUGUCACUGAAGUAGAGAACAAGCCCCAGAUGGAAGGAGCGCAUUUUCGGGUUCGUUGGCUAUGGGGAGGCACAAACUACAGAAGGAUGGUUGAGCCACUUCACAUAGCAGACUACUACAAGGAUGGUGGAAAGAACUACAUAUCUGAUGGGAAAAGGCCUAAACAUUUCAUACUGUUGGAGGAAUGGUUGAAGAAAAAAGACAAACCUCAAGAAGUCCCAAGCAAAGCGAAAAGAGAGUCAGUGGGGGCUAGUUUGAAUGAGGAUUCUUGUUUUUGGGCGCAUGUUGAAGAAGCUCGCAUCCUAUGCACUCUGGUGAAGAAUGGAUCAGUUGAAGAGAAAGAACGUGCACCGCAAGAAUUGAAAAUUUUCGAGGCGUAUGUGUAUGGUUCCCUUAAGAAUUAUGCAUUGUCUCCGGAAAUUUUCUUGGAGAAGAGCAGCUUCAUGCAGUGGUUGAAGGAGUACAAGGGAGUUGUUGAGCAACCCUACUCCUCCUUGCUUCUGGACUUCAUGAAAGAGCGCAAUCACGAGGCAUAUCAGAAAGGAGAGUUCAUCUUUCCAUGAUCCAAAAAUUGAGUUAUAUGCCAAUAAACAUACGAUUUAUCUAGUGUGGUGCUUUUCUUUAUUGUAAUAUUUUCUGUGCUUGGUGUUUCUUCCACGUAGUUUGCUUUGUGUAUGCAAAAAUAAAGUUCAA